CAAACGAAUUAUCCGUGUUCACUGUAUAUCCAUUGCAGCCGUCACACUUAUUCCCACCCUCUCUUACCUCAGCUUCCCUCGCCUUACUGCAGUCACCACGUAACCGGCCGGCGAACUACAUUUCCCGUCAGCCUCUGCGUUCCCGGCGUUCCUUUACUCAUGCGCGCUGCCGGCCGGCCAACAUGGCGACCUUCGUGGAGAUACUGAGGAGCGAGUUCCCGCAGCUUGAUGCCGAGCUUUUCCAAUACGUGACUGAUGUCCUGGACAGUGGUCUAUCAGACUUUGAAUCGGAGAAUGAUCUUUUUGAAGCAGUGGGAGAGCUACUACAGGAUGUAUCUGGAGAUUCAAAAGAUGACAACGAUAUUAAAAACAUCUGUCAGAGGAUGUACAGAACAAUGCAGUUGGACAAUCAUAAAGGUCCUUCACAGAACCAAGUAUUACUCCAGGCUCCAAUACAGUUGUCCCAGAUUGCUGAAUAUGAUGUUGAACCUGAAAUUUUGAAUGUCCUGCUCAUGAAGAAGGGCCAGGGCUCGACUGUUAACGUAAAGAAGCUAGAAAAGGCUGAGGCUAAACUGAAGUCUAAGCAAGAAAAGCGAACUGAACGCGACUCACAGAAAGUUGGUGGGAAUAUAGUGAUGGAAGAGGCAUCAGCCAGUCAAGCUGGCAGUAAAAAGGAGAAUCGAAUAGAAUCCAGUGGCAAGAACAAAUCUUAUGACAUUAGGAUUGAGAACUUUGAUGUGUCCUUUGGAGAAAGAGUCCUGCUCACAGGUGCAGAGUUGCAUUUGGCAUCAGGUCGCCGAUAUGGAUUGGUCGGGAGAAACGGUCUGGGUAAAACAACGUUAUUGAAGAUGCUUGCUGGUCGUAGCCUUCGUGUUCCUUCACACAUCAGCAUCCUGCAUGUGGAACAAGAGGUGGAUGGUGAUGAUACCCCAGCACUGCAAAGUGUAUUAGAGUGCGAUACUUUACGCGAGAGCCUUCUACGUGAAGAGAAAGCACUGAAUGCAAAGAUCAGUGCUGGAAAAGGUGAUGGUUCAGAGAGUACUCGUCUAACAGAGAUAUACAGCAAACUGGAAGAAAUUGAAGCAGACAAAGCACCAGCCAGAGCCUCUGUGGUUCUCGCUGGUUUGGGAUUCAAGCACACUAUGCAGCAGCAGCUGACUAAGGAGUUUUCUGGUGGUUGGCGUAUGAGGUUGGCAUUGGCUCGUGCUCUUUUUGCAAGACCAGAUCUGCUGUUACUUGAUGAGCCUACAAACAUGUUGGAUGUGCGUGCCAUUUUGUGGUUGGAGAACUACUUGCAGACCUGGCCCUCAACCAUCUUGGUUGUUUCCCACGACCGUAACUUCCUGAAUGCAGUGGCCACAGACAUUGUGCAUUUACAUAGCCAGCGGUUGGAAGGGUACCGUGGUAACUUUGAAAGCUUUCUAAAAAUAAAGGAGGAGCGAUUGAAGAAUCAGCAGAGGGAGUAUGAGGCACAACAUCAGUAUCGUGAACACAUACAGGUCUUUAUUGAUCGAUUUCGAUACAAUGCCAACCGGGCCGCUCAGGUGCAGAGUAAGCUGAAACUGUUGGAGAAACUGCCCGAACUCCAACCUCUAGAAAAGGAUACUGAAGUGAUCUUAAGGUUUCCUGAUGCCUUUGAAAAAUUUUCUCCACCAAUUCUACAGUUGGAUGAGGCUGAUUUCUGGUAUUCUUCAGAAAAGCCAAUCUUUAAGAAACUUUCAGUAUCUGCAGACCUGGACUCGCGAAUCUGUGUGGUGGGAGAGAAUGGAGCAGGAAAAUCCACAAUGCUAAAACUACUGAUGGGUGAGAUGUCUCCUGUUCUGGGGGUUCGAAAUGCACACAGGAAUUUGAAGAUUGGUUACUUCAGUCAGCAUCAUGUGGAUCAGCUGGAUCUUAACAUUAGUGCAGUGGAGCUUCUAGCAAAACGUUUUCCAGGGAAAGCAGAAGAAGAGUACCGCCACCAGCUUGGAAGUUAUGGGAUCUCUGGUGAACUUGCAGUGCGGCCAGUGGUCAGUCUGUCUGGAGGCCAAAAAAGUCGUGUUGCCUUUGCUCAAAUGACCAUGCCAUGCCCAAACUUUUACAUUCUCGAUGAGCCAACGAAUCACCUUGAUAUGGAGACUAUAGAAGCCUUGGGUCGAGCGCUGAACAAAUUUCGGGGUGGAGUAAUCCUGGUAUCCCACGACGAACGCUUCAUCCGUCUAGUUUGUCGAGAGCUGUGGGUCUGUGAAAAUGGAACCGUAACAAGAAUUGAGGGUGGUUUCGAUGAGUACCGGGACAUCCUGCAGGAACAGUUCCAAAAAGAGGGCUUUCUAUAAAUCUGCUUGCACAGGAGUGUGUCACUGCUCUUGUUGGUGUCAUCCAGCUUUGCAGGUUUCCUGUGCAUACUGUCACAUACCUCAGUAUGAGAUGGUUCUGAUCCUCAGUGAAGUCAGCAUUUUUUGCCAUGAAUAUGCUCUGGGAGCCUGUAGCUAAGACUGGUAUAUGAAAGAUCCAAGGGAAGGUAUUUAUUAUGAAAGCAGCUGAAGCCAAGCAGAGAUAGAUGUGAAAUAAUGCUGCACAUUACCAAUAAAUUACAAAAUAACGAAAACCAUUGUCUCACAUAAAUAUUUUUGUUUUUAACUCUCUAGUAUUAUUCCAUUGUAGUAUAAUAUGUAAUACAGACCUCCCAUUUUGUUCAGUGAUAUAUAAUGACAACUAUACAAUGUAAAAGUAAAUUUUACAAGUAAUUUACUUUAAAAUACAUAAUUGAACAGAAGGUUUAAAUUAAAUAUAUUUGUAUAAAAUAAUGGCGCAUGACAGCCAUCUGUGUGGAUGUCAAGAGGUGUGUUGUAAGAUUUUCUCAUUAACAAUUCAAUCUAUCACGACCUCUGCUAUAUUAUGCAAAGUAGAUUUUAUUGUCUGACAGUGGCUACAGACCUUCUCAAAUCCCUAUCCCCAUCUUUUACCUACCCCAAUGGCAAAUCUGUAGAAAGAAACAUACGGUUGCACAGCAUAGCUUCUUGAAAUUGUGAGUAAACUGCAUGUACCACAACCCUGUCAAUGAUACUCUCCAAGUUAAACUUGUAAAACUUUAAAUAAAAAAAAAAAAAUUAAACGGACAAGUAGAUAUUAUUAGUAAACCAUUUAGGUUGGUAAAAAUUCAAUCUAGAUAUAUACAUAUUAUAAUGGAAUAAUACUCUAAAGAUACAUAAUCAAUUCUCUUCUGGAAAAUUGUCCAGUUUUUUUUUUAAUUGUUUCUGCUUUACCACAGGUCCAAUUUAUAAAUAAUAAGUUUCCAUUAUUUAUUUUAUAAAUAGUUCUAAUGUAAUGCUAAUUGUGAACUAAUACUGCCAACCUAUUCUUUUUUUUUUUUUUUUUAUAGUGCAAAGCUUUGAUUAGUGAUUUAUGUAUAGUUAACAUUAUGCUGUCUUGAUUUUGUGCAGGAAUCUGUGUUUUCUUAUCUCACCAUGUACAUCAGAAAUGAACCUUUUUACUAUUGUACAAAAUAAGUAGUGGAAACCUAUGUCUGUGAUUUUAAAUUUGUGCAAUACUUGGUAGAGUGCUUUACAGAUGAUGGUCUCCAGCUAAGGGCUAAGCUUCUCUGACCAUUAAAGGUUAGAGGCCAAGUCAUUUUCUUAGGUGUUAAGCCUGCCAGUGUUCCCCAGCAUCCAUCCUAUAUGCAUAUAUGGCCUACUGAGAAUAUCAUCCUCAUCUGCUGAAUGACUUGGGUCUCUCCCAAAAGCGGUAGGGCUGAUGUUGGUCCUCGGUGAAUAACAAUGUGCAGCCAACAUCAUGCUCUGAAUGAAAAACUAUCUCUUGCUUCCUAAGUUAUUAAAGGUGUCAGAUGAUGUGUAAAUAAAGAGCAAAUCUCCUUAA